AGUCCGUGAAGGCUCAGCUCUGCGAUACACCUUGGUCUGUGUGUCUCAACCAAGACAACAGUCACCAACCAUGAUGAGGAUUAAUGUGUUUGUUUUUUUCUUAGUGUUCCGUCUUCACAAGGCACAGGAACUUGUUAAUGAGUUUUAUCCUCUUGUUGAGAAAGGUCCAAUCAGUUUUGUGGACCCUACACAGAGCAAUCAAACCAGGCUGAUGGUGAAAGAACCUUCACUGCCCAUCAAUGAACUUCUAGAAAAGAGCAGCAGAACCGGCGAGUCCAAAUUCUCCCUCCAUCCUUUACCUUCUGCUGUCUGGCCAAAGCACAAUGACCUCGCACCCCUCCCUCGCCACCAUGGUGUCCACAACAAGAGCAAGCGAGGCCCUAAAAGUGAGCACUUACUGGAACUGAACACGGAUAAAACCAGAGGAGAAACAGCCGGUCUCCUUCCCAAACCUUCUCUGACGGCGUCAACAGCUGCGGCCGCCAACCGCACCGCUCAGAGCGGCAUGAGUCCCCCUCAACCCACCCAGCCGGAGGGCUAUCCCAACUCCAGGCCCAGGAGCCCCGCUCAUGCACAACCUGCUCCGGCACCUUCUCCUCGCAAAGACCCCCCAAAUAGACGCCUGGACCCAGAGGAGAACCGCCCGGGGAAAGCCGGUCUCUACCAAACCGGAAUUGGCGCGGCGCCGCCUCGAAACAACAGCCGGCCGCCCGUCAGCUUCAACCGUCGCUCCUCCAGCCUCCUGUACCAAUUUGACAUCCUCAGACGAGAGUCCGACCUCACCCAUGACGCCUUCUGCAUGAGUGAGUGCAGGAAGGAGAAGGAUGAGAAGGAUUAUUACUGCUACAGCGAGUUUGCUGUCAACGGGGUCGUCCACGACAUUGAUGUGCUGCGUAAAGGGAUUCGUCUCAUUACUCUGAUGGUGAGCAGCGACGGUUUCUACAAGAUGAGUCGCCUCUACGCCACCCCUGACAGCUUCUUCUUCAAAGUGCGGCUUCUGGUCCUGGACACUUACAAGUGCAGCAAACCGUGUCCUGAUAUCAAACUUGGAACCCGAUACAUCGUAAUGGGCCAAAUCCACCACCGGAGGCGGCAUCUUCCAAACGACCUCCUGAACCUGCUCGGGGGCCGCCUAAAACCAGGCGACGGUAUCCUCAGGAGCAGCAACUAUGUGAAAAGGUUCAACAAACGGAAGCACCAGAAGGUCCUGGAGGCCACCCGCUCCAAGUGUCGGUGAACCCGAACCUGAGACUGUCGCCCGACUUGCAAGGGAAGAGACAUUGCAUAUUAAUGUGAAUCGCUUCUAAAUAACCCUCGAGUAUUAUUACACCAGAAGAAGGUCCAAGAGGCAACACGAGUAGCGAUUAGCAAGUUUGUCUCCCGAUCGAGAUGCAGUGGGUUCGAAUCUCAGCUCCGAACUUCCUGUGUGGACUUUGUAUGGUCUCCCGAUGGUCACAUAGGCUUUCUCCAGGUACUCCAGCUACCUCCCACAUUCCAAAAUUAUGCACGUUUAGUUCAUCAAAGACUCUAAAUUGUCCAUAGGUAUGAAUGGGAGUAUGAAUGUUUGUUUGUCAACAUGUGCCCUGCGGCUGACAGGGAUUUGCUCCAAUUUAGACCAUGAACAAUUGCGACAAGAAAAUAGAUGGAGGAAAGAAGGAAAAGACAAAAGUAAAUGGAUUCACUUUUCCAUGGAACCCCGUGACGUGCAUUAUCACCAUCCAUCAUUUAACUAAAAAUACCACCACGUGUUCUUUUUUUAUAGUUUCCCAAUCUACUUUGGUACUAUUUACAGCAUUAGCUCAGUAAUUGAUAUUCAAACACCACCUGACCUCUUCAUUGAUUCAUGGCUGGCACAUGAAGCUAAAAAGGGUAUAAAAUUGGCCCGUAUCCAGAAGGGAACUUUCAGACUAAACACAACAUAUAAUCCACAUAUUCCAUUGCUCUGUUCUGGUAUUAGGCAGCUACUGUAGAUCUACUGUAUGUAAUGCCUCUUAAUUGCUACAAAUGCAAACCGCACCAUUAUGGUUGUCAUCGGUGAGCGGGAAAUGCAUUUUUGAUGUUACAUGGACUAAAAUACGGCAUUAAAGAAAUUCAGUACAAGUAACCUCAUGCAGUACCCGUUUUAGACAUGAGAAGAAAAAGAUGCCUUUGUUGUGUUCAUCCAAUUCCAACGUUUUGUGUGACAUUUAAAGAUCAUGCAUUAUUGACCAAGUGUUGCCUCAGCUUUGCUCAACGACGCAAUGGCAGUCUGAACAUCUCUCCAGCAACCCAUCACAACUUUUAUGCUGUGGUCCUCCACUUUAGAGUCCUCAAUCUAAUUUGUUGCCCUAGUUAAAAAUAAAAAGAUGCGUGUUGGACUAUAGAAGUAUGUUUGUUUUCCGCCCCUGCGUUUCACGGAAGGGUGAUUAUUUGCACUCAAUAUUGCAUACAGAUGAAAUUAUUAAACUGAUUAUUUUGUACCCUUGGAUGCCACUUAAAUGUAUCAUGUUACUUAGUGAGAUGGCUCGAGCCUCCAAAAGAGUUUGGUCUCUGAAUGUUUGUCAGCUGGUCCGCUGGGUCCCCAGGCCGUGGAAGAAGCAUCUAUCUGGGAUCAGCGCUGGAGGGCUGUUGGUGGUGGUGGUGUAGGGUGGGGUGGGGGUAUGGGGGAGGAAACAGGAGCCCGCUGCACAUCUUGGCCACCAUCACAGUGGGAGAACAUUCCUCAUCAAGGGGUGUAGUGGAGAAAGAAAAUAAGGAGUGAGGGGGAGGUGUAAUUUGCAACUUGCGUGAUGUGUAAUUGCACCAAAGCCACAUGGAGGAAGUAUGUGUUUGGUAGGGGGGCUGAAAACAUAUUGAGCUUGUGGUCAUCUCUCAGCAUCCACUCCAGCCUCUGUGUUUAUUUGGCACUUUGGCGGAUGGACGGAGUAGCCCAGUGGUGUGAAAAUGAAAGGUCACCGUGGGAAAUGUGAUCAAAGGAGAGUUGGUGUGGGCUUGUCAACACUAAGGAUUCAUUGAUCAUGCCGAGCUUGGCUGUCUCGAUUCAUGGUUUCAUGCUUAGGGAGAGGAGUUGGAGCAAAGUUUCAUGAACCCCGUUUGCCCAAGCUUUAUCAUGACAUGGAAAAAGAAGUCAUUUAGUGUAUUUAAUUUGUAGAGGUAUACCCCAAGGUUAUGUCCUGGACCCCACUCUGUAUCUUAGCACAGGAGAUGCCAAUACUACGCCCAAAAAGUUAGGGAUAAGUGGCUAUCAUGUGAAAUUUCAGGAUCACCAUAAAACGUAUAAAUCACAAAUUCUUCAUUCCUAUAAGUAUAUAUAAAAUCAUUCAUUCAUUCAUGGAAGAGGAAAAUGAUGAUGAAAUAUUUCAACAAAGGAUCGUUCAUUUGAUAUAGAACCUCAAUACACUUCCAAACAAAUUCAAGCACACCUACAGACACAAGGUACAAAUCUGUCAUCAUUUGAAUGAAAGGGACACGAUGGUAGGAGACCCAAGAGGACCCCACU